AGAGAAAACUCCUCCAAAAGCAGCUCUCACUAUCAGAAAACCCAACUAAAGUUGUGAACGCCUUCAUUUUCUGCCUGAGGUCUCAGUCUGUUGGCCCAGACUGAAGUGCAGUGGCACAAUCAUAGCUCGCUGAAGCCUCGACCUUCCAGGCUCAAACGAUCCUCCCACCUCAGCCUCUCAAGUUGCUGGGACCACAGGUCACUGUGCAUGGCAUCAUCCUGGCCUCCGCUAGAGCUCCAAUCCUCCAACCAGAGCCAGGUCUUCCCUCAAAAUGCUACGGCCUGUGACAAUGCUCCAGAAGCCUGGGACCUGCUACACAGAGUACUGCCCACAUUUAUCAUCUCCAUCUGUUUCUUCGGCCUCCUAGGGAACCUUUUUGUCCUGUUGGUCUUCCUCCUGCCCCGGCGGCGACUGAACGUGGCAGAAAUCUACCUGGCCAACCUGGCGGCCUCUGAUCUGGUGUUUGUCUUGGGCUUGCCCUUCUGGGCAGAGAAUAUCUGGAACCAGUUUAACUGGCCUUUCGGAGACCUCCUCUGCAGUGUCAUCAACGGGGUCAUCAAGGCCAAUUUGUUCAUCAGCAUCUUCCUGGUGGUGGCCAUCAGCCAGGAUCGCUACCGCGUGCUGGUGCACCCUAUGGCCAGCCGGAGGCAGCAGCGGCGGAGGCAGGCCCGGGUUACCUGCGUGCUCAUCUGGGUUGUGGGGGGCCUCUUGAGCAUCCCCACAUUCCUGCUGCGAUCCAUCCAAGCCGUCCCAGAUCUGAACAUCACCGCCUGCAUCCUGCUCCUCCCCCAUGAGGCCUGGAACUUUGCAAGGAUUGUGGAGUUAAAUAUUCUGGGUUUCCUCCUACCACUGGCUGCAAUCAUCUUCUUCAACUACCACAUCCUGGCCUCCCUGCGAGGGCGGGAGGAGGUCAGCAGGACAAGGUGCGGGGGCCGCAAGGAUAGCAAGACUACAGCGCUGAUCUUCACACUCGUGGUUGCCUUCCUUGUCUGCUGGGCCCCUUACCACUUCUUUGCCUUCCUGGAAUUCUUAUUCCAGGUGCAAGCAGUCCGAGGCUGCUUUUGGGAGGACUUCAUUGACCUGGGCCUGCAAUUGGCUAACUUCUUUGCCUUCACUAACAGCUCCCUGAAUCCAGUAAUUUAUGUCUUUGUGGGUCGGCUCUUUAGGACCAAGGUCUGGGAACUUUAUAAACAAUGCACCCCUAAAAGUCUUGCUCCAAUAUCUUCAUCCCAUAGGAAAGAAAUCUUCCAACUUUUCUGGCGGAAUUAAAACAGCAUUGAACCAAGAA